CGGUAGUUUUUUCUUUCUUUUCUUUUUUUUUUUUCUCCCUUUUCCUUUUGGGAGAGUAACCUGUCUCUGGGAUCUCGUCGUUCCUGCAAAUUACCAGGUUGCGUCUUCUCUGAGAGCAAGACAUUUCUUCACCAAAGGACAUGGAUGAAAAUGAAAGCAACCAGUCCCUGAUGAUAAGCAGCCAAUAUCCUAAAGAAGCAGUAAGAAAACGCCAAAAUUCAGCACGGAAUUCUGGAGGAAGUGAUUCUUCUAGGUUUUCCCGGAAAAGCUUCAAACUGGAUUACAGACUGGAAGAAGAUGUAACUAAGUCAAAGAAAGGAAAAGAUGGGAGAUUUGUUAACCCUUGGCCAACAUGGAAAAGUCCCUCUAUUCCAAAUGUUCUCAGAUGGCUGAUAAUGGAGAAAGAUCACAGCAGUGUUCCUUCUUCUAAAGAGGAACUUGACAAAGAACUCCCAGUGCUUAAGCCAUAUUUCAUUGCUGAACCUGAGGAAGCUAGAGUGAGGGAAGCUGGCAUAAGAGUCACGUGGCUAGGACAUGCAACAGUAAUGGUGGAAAUGGAUGAGCUCAUAUUUCUUACAGAUCCCAUCUUUAGCUCUCGUGCUUCACCAUCGCAGUACAUGGGUCCAAAGCGAUUUCGUCGUCCCCCAUGCACAAUAAGUGAACUCCCCCCAAUAGAUGCAGUUCUUAUCAGUCACAAUCACUAUGACCAUCUGGACUACAGUUCUGUCAUUGCUUUGAAUGAGCGGUUUGGUAACGAGCUGAGAUGGUUUGUGCCUUUGGGUCUUCUCGACUGGAUGCAAAAAUGUGGCUGUGAGAAUGUGAUUGAGCUGGACUGGUGGGAGGAGAACUGUGUUCCUGGACAUGAUAAAGUCACCUUUGUCUUUACGCCUUCCCAGCACUGGUGUAAAAGGACUCUAAUGGAUGACAACAAGGUUCUGUGGGGCAGCUGGUCUGUCUUGGGGCCUUGGAAUCGAUUUUUCUUUGCAGGAGAUACUGGUUAUUGCCCCGCUUUUGAAGAGAUAGGAAAAAGAUUUGGACCUUUUGACCUCGCAGCUAUUCCCAUUGGAGCUUACGAGCCAAGGUGGUUUAUGAAAUACCAGCAUGUAGACCCAGAAGAAGCUGUAAGGAUUCACAUUGAUGUCCAAACAAAAAAAUCUAUGGCAAUUCACUGGGGAACUUUUGCCUUAGCAAAUGAGCAUUAUUUAGAGCCACCAUUGAAACUAAGUGAAGCACUAGAAAGAUAUGGACUUAAGACUGAAGAUUUUUUUGUCUUGAAGCAUGGAGAAUCAAGAUAUCUAAAUACUAGUGAUGAAAACUUUGAGUAAAUAUGAGCACAGGCACUUUUAUUGAAGAAGGAAGGCAUCGUCUGAUAAAAAAUUUGAAGAUAAAUGAGAGAUUAAGAAAUUCAUGAAUAUUAUGAUCUUUUUACAUUUGGAAACAACUUCUACAAGUUUUGUGUUUUGUUUUGUGUAAUAUCUUGCUUACUGACAAUUGUCUGCUCAUAUAAACAUGAAAGAAGGGUUUGGGGGCGGGUCAUUUAAAUAAUGAAUUAGCUAAUGUGGACUUUAAAUCUUUCAUCAUGGUGUAAGCAUUGCAAUGUAAAUUUUUUUUAACCGAAUCAUAAUUUUGUGGUAGUAAUUUUUCUGAGGUGUGAAAAACUGAUUUUUUUUUUUUUUUUUGAGUUGGAGUCUCACUCUGUCACCCAGACUGGAGU